AUGCCUACCCGUUUCUCUAAACACAGAAAGUCCAGAGGUGACGUUUGCGCCGGUUACGGUCGUGUCGGAAAGCACAGAAAGCAUGCUGGUGGUCGUGGAAACGCUGGAGGUUUGACUCACCACAGAAUCAACUUCGUCAAAUACCAUCCAGGUUACUUUGGUAAGCUUGGAAUGAGAACUUUCCACUUGGUUAGACACAGAUCCUACUGUCCAACCGUCUCCCUCGAGAAGAUCUGGACCUUUGUCCCAGACUCAGUUCGCAAGGAGCUCGCCACCAAGAACGAUGGCACUGCCCCAGUUGUCGAUGUCACCCAAAGAGGAUUCUUCAAGGUUUUGGGCCACGGACUCCUCCCAUCCCAGCCAAUCAUUGUCAAGGCCAGAUACUUCUCAAAGGUCGCCGAGAAGAAGAUCAAGGCUGUCGGUGGAGCCUGUGUCUUGGUUGCC